GAGACGCGUGGCUGGUGACGGCGCUGCAGAGUUCCUCGCGCCGCGCGUCAGAGAGCGAGGCCGGCGCUAUGAAGCGGAGCGCGCGCCCCGCAGGGGAUGGGCAGAAGGCUGAGACCAAAGAGGAAUUUGUUAAAGUCAGAAAGAGAGAUUUGGAGAGACUGACAACUGAAGUGAUGCAGUUACGAGACUUCCUACCUAGAAUACUGAAUGGAGAUAUCUUGGAGAGCUUCCAGAAACUGGAUGUUAUUGAAACAAACAUGGAGAAAAGAGAGCAAGAACUAAAGCAGAUAAGAAUGGAUUGUGAACACUUCAAAGCCCGUCUGGAAACAGCCCAAGCAGAUUGCAUGAGGGAGAAAAAGGAGAAACUAGCCCUUCGACAGCAGCUGAAUGAGGCAAGACAACAACUACUGCAGCAGGCAGAAUAUUGUACAGAAAUGGGAGCUGCAGUCUGUACUUUGUUGUGGGGUGUCUCUAGCAAUGAGGAAGCAGUUAAAAACAUUCUAGGAGGGAGCAAAGCAGUAAAGUUUUUCACAAUCACGGGACAAACUAUGGAGAGCUUUGUGAGGUCAUUAGGUGAAGACAUCAAACACCAAGAUCUGGAUUCUGAUGAAAAUCAGUUUGUAUUAGCUUUGGCAGGGAUUGUGACAAAUGUUGCUGCAUUGGCAUGUGGCCGUGAAUUCCUGGUUAAUUCAAGUCGGGUGUUGUUGGACACAAUGAUGCAGCUUCUGAGAGACAUGAAGCCAGGACUCUGUACCAAACUGAAAGUGCUUUUCAACCACUGGACCUUUUCUGGGCAUCUGUCCUUUACAAGAUCUGUGAGGAGGGCCACAGUAGUGGUGAAUCCCAGCACAAAACAUUGGCUAAUGCUGAUGUCACUGUACAAUGUGAGCAUCAACUUGAAAGGCUUGAAGUACAUUAGUGAAAGUCCAGGUUUUAUUCCAUUACUUUGGUGGCUAUUGAACGACCCAGAUACAGAAGUGUGUCUGCAUGUUCUACGGCUUCUCCAGUCUGUGAUUCUAGAACCAGAAGUUAUAGCAAAAUCAGCACCUGAGAUGCGUGACACCUUGCCAUUUCAACGUAUCAUAGCACUGUCAAAGAGCCGCAACGCAGAGCUGCAAACACUGGCGCAAGAACUGCUUGAAGACCUCAAAAUCCUAGAGUGUGAAGUGUAGAGACAUAGUCGCUGAAGUAUUACAACAUCAAAUGUUUGUUUUCUCCAUAUUUUUAUGCUGCUAGGGUAUGCAAAAUAUUUUCGCAGAUUAAAAAUAUACAUAUUGAGUAAUUAGUAGAGGUGGACUUGGAUUGAAUCAUUUCAAUAUAUCUAGUUACCUGUAUCAGAAUCCCUGCCACUAGCCAGAUAACCCAAUCCAAAUAAUACUUGGGAAAAAAACAUAUGUUGUUUGUUAGGUGCCUGAACAUAAUCCUAAAAGAGCUCCCAGAAGAAUGACAGGUUUAAUUUAUUUCAUAGGAUUUUGUUGAUAAUGUGUUUCAAAAGUGAUCCAAACCAUAUGACCUACUGGUGAUACAUAGGGAAUAAAAUAAUCAUCUGAACUAUAGGUAGCACAUUCUUUAUUUUCAAGGAUAGCCAACCUUUUUGGUCCAGUUCAGUCCAUCUCUAAUAAUUAGUGUGCUAAAAGUCAACUUUGAUGCUUUUUAUAACUCUAGUGUUUCAGAAGACAUAAGAAAUUUCAUUUUUAUUGUUACUGUUUCUUUUCUCUAUCCCUUCUAAUCAAAGACAAUUGGAAUUGUGUGGAGUGUAUUAGAUUCUGCUUUAGAAUUUUUCAUUCAAAUUCAGUAGAGCUGCUGGAGAACUGAGUUUGCAGCUGCCAUGAAUAAUAGCAACUGAGCUUCCCAUAGGCCCUGCAGAAGGGAAAAGAUUGCUGUGGUCUCAGUAUACCUAGUUCCAUAGCGAAAGAGGCUAAAAUUAAUUACUGCUCUGUCGUGAACACUGUUGUAUUUAUUUGACAUUCUCAUUAUUUAUUAGAGCUAAGCUUGCUUACCUCAAUUUAAAAAAACCCAAACCAACUAUAUUAUAUACUUUGCAAUGCUAUAAUUUAUGUGUAUCAAUAACACUGUCAUUUCCUGUUUUCUUGUGUUUGUAACAUAGCUUGCAAUGUGACAAUGUUGGAAACAGUGACAGAUAAGAUAUAUACUUUUACAGAAACAACAACUUCCUCUUACCCACUGGUGUUAUGGUUCUUCACCGAUGAAGCCGACACAUUAACAAAAAUGCAGCAUUGGUGUCUUCUACAUCAUCUGUGCAGAAGACUGAGAACACAAUCUUCUGAAAUCAAUUUUAGACAAUUUUGUUGAUGUGUCUUGCAUCUGCACCAUGCUACAGCAUUUUUUUAUUCUUCAGGCAGUAGCACAAGACAAAAAACAAUGUAAAGCGUAAAAGUUCCAUCCCUGUUCAGCAAAGCAGUUAACACAGGCUUAACUUUGAUUUGGGAUUUAACCACAGGCUUAAAGUUAAGCACAUAUUUAAGUGAUUUGCUGAAGUGGGUCUCCAGUGCCACUGAACUCAUUGAUGACACAGCGCAGCAUAACUGGUUACAUUAAAUCAAGUGCAAGUCAAAUCAGAUACAUAAAAAGAAUCCUGUAGCUACUUCUUUGUAAUAUAUAUACAAACUUGUUCUGUUUAGGGUGGAGUCCUUAGAAUAAAUGCAUUUUGUCCCUUAAUUAGCUGUUAUGGCUAAUAGGUCAUUUUAUAGCUGAGGAACUAUAAAAUGCAUUAGAUAAAGACAUAGUUGCACAAUAUUACAAAUAGUCAAUGUUAGAAAAUUUAGUAGAAAUGGAUGUAAAGCUCCUCGUUGCAGUAAUUUGCCAACAUACUAAAAAAAUCAGUGGAUCCUAAUUAGCACUGAAUUAACAAAAUACAAUAUAUAAGCUUCCCAGAAUGCAUGCCAUAAAUCAAAGGGUUAUCGCAAAAUAUGAGACUGAUAUCACAAAUGAGGUUAGAUAGGGGUGAGUGUAAGAAAGAGAUGCCAAGAGCACUUAGCAGGAGUUAUAUGAUUUCUGAUCCAAGAAUAUACAAUACUAACUGUGUAGAUGUUGAUCAGAGUAAAAUCUCACACGUUAUUAAAAUACAUUUUAUUUGGAUUUGUUUUCUUACCUUGACCAGACACCAUCCCAUGAUGAAGUCAAAAUGGUGAUAGUCUAGGAAAUUAGAGACUAUCGACUCAAGAAAGUAUUUAAUUUUAAAGUAUAGUAAAAGGCAAAAAACAAAGUCUAAUCACAUACUUUUCAGCUGAGCGGUGUUCUCCCAUUAAUGUUUUUACUCAAACCAUUGGAAGCCGGUAAGCAGCAGAAAAAAAACAUGUGAGUGUGUGUGUGUAUGUAGGUACACUCAGCACUUCCAUCCACAUUGGAGGCUUUGGUAAAAACCUUACAACUUUAUCUUGUCUUUAUCUUACACUUUUAUCAUACCUAGUGUUACUAAAGCUGGGGGCUCACCAUUUGAAGCACUAUGUCAGUUACAUCUGCUCUGAAUUGAAUAUUUUUGUAGUGAAUAGUCUUCAUUUAGUGCCUUGAUUUAUCUCCAUGUGACCACUACUGGAAAUUAAUCAGUUAAUAUGAUAGUAUCAGUACAUCUCCCAACUCCCUUUCUCCAAGAUUUAACUUGCUGGGGCUAUGGGCCCCCAUAGUCACACGUAAUGCUAUGGAUCCACCAACUUUGAGGAAAUGCCUAUUUAGUUUUAAAAGUUUAAUUAUGCUAUUUUAAUAAAUAAGUAAAAGUAUAGCUGGCUCUGAAAAACUCACUGCAUCUUCUGAAACACUUGAAUUAUGAAAAACUCCAGAAACAAACAGGAAUAAAACAAAUAAUGUUUUAAGAUCACUAUUACAUUUUUAAACAAGUUGUUUUUAUUGACGUGUUCAACCUGUUUAUUACAGUUCUUAGUGAAAUUGUUGUUCAUAACUUGGUUUUAUGCAAAAGAAAAGGUAUUUUGUUUGGGUUUUGUUGGUGCAAAGGAAAUGAUAGUUCAGUAUAUUGCUUUUUUCAGUUCACACAAAAAAGUUUGAGAAUCACAAGGGCUGAACUGUUUUGAAGUCAGAUAAACCUGUUUUAAAUUUGUUUUUCAAGAAAGCCUUCCCUCUUUAAAUAUUGUGGUGGAAUAAAUAGUGGCUUACUAGCUGUAGUACUUAUCUAUAGCUUUAAUAUCGUGUUGCUGUCUUUUUCUUCCUGUAUCCCAGAUUCAGUAGGCUCAGGAGUCAACCUCCUUCUCCAGAUUGCUGAGAUCUGGAAGCAAUCUGUUACUGGUUACAUUUAAUAGAACCCUUUGUAGUGGGAGUAAAGUCUGAUGGCUUCCAAACACAGAUCAUCUGACAUACCCUAGUUCUAGUUGUUUUUGGUUUUGCUGUCCGUUUCACUAGUAAUAAAACAGGGCAAACAGUUUAUCUUAUCCAGUGUUACUAAAGCUAGGAGUCACCAUUUGAAGCACUGUGUCAGUUACACCUGCUCUGAGUUGAAUGUUUUUGUAGUGAAUAAUCUUCAUUUAAUGCCUUGAUUUAUCUCCAUGUGACCACUACUGGAAAUUAAGUAGUUAGAGUAUUGUGCCUCCCCCCCAAAAAAAAUAAAAUAUACACUUUGGGGAGUUUAUAAACAGGGGAAAGAAGCUGGCUUUACUGAAAUAAACAGAUGUUACUCAAAGGA